AGUUCACGUAAAGUGUCUGUGCGCGAGGAAGGGAUUGACACAGCUAGCGCGCGGUGCGAUCAAAUAUCAGCUGCUCGCAAUUCGACACGGCUUUAUUUCGUUACAGUCGAGGUGGCGAGCGACCUUAGCCCGUGCUUGACUCAGAACCGCGAGGAGGCGAAAGUCAAAUAUAUUCGCGUUUAAAACGAGUCGGACAAGGCCUAGCGUGCGUGCUCCCGUUUGCCAACGUUAAAUUGUCGUAAACUGAGUAUCUCAAGAGAAGUGAGAUCGCGGUUCGCGGUGGAGGAGACGCAGAAGCCUGAGACCGUAACAAUAAGAGAGGGACCGUAGGUUUGUGCUAUGGGCUUACUGUCACAAGGGUCACCGCUCAACUGGGAAGAGACCAAGAAACAUGCUGACCACGUUAGAAAGCACGGCAUCCUGCAGUUCCUCAACAUCUACAACAAGGUCAAAGAUCGACAGAAGGAUGUGUUGAAAUGGGGAGACGAGGUGGAGUACAUGUUGGUGGAAAUGGAUGACAAACAUGAGAAGGUCUGCCUAGUUCUGAACGGGAAGGAUGUUUUGGAAAUCCUUCAGGAAAAGGGUGAAAAGAUCAACCCCAACCACCCCACUCUGUGGAGGCCGGAGUACGGCAGCUACAUGAUCGAAGGGACCCCCGGGCAGCCGUACGGAGGAACCAUGUCCGAAUUUAACACGGUGGAAGACAACAUGGGAAAACGGAGGAUAGAAGCAGCAUCUGUGCUUAAUAAGAACGAGACUCUCCUCACAGUUACAUCAUUCCCAAGGUUAGGCUGCCCGGGCUUCACUCAGCCGGAAUACAAACCCACACCUGUUGAAAAAGGGGUGUCCAAAUCGCUCUUCUUCCCUGAUGAGGCCAUUAACAGACACCCUAGAUUCAGCACUCUGACGAGAAACAUACGCCACCGGAGGGGUGAGAAAGUGGUGAUAAAUGUACCAAUUUUUAAAGAUAAAAACACACCAUCUCCUUUUGUGGAGGCAUUCCCGGAGGAUGAUGGAGAAGCUGCCCGGGGAGCCCUACCUGAUCACAUCUACAUGGACGCCAUGGGCUUUGGCAUGGGAAACUGUUGCCUGCAGGUGACCUUCCAGGCCUGCAGCAUCAGUGAGGCGCGCUACCUUUAUGACCAACUGGCCACCUUCUGUCCCAUAGUGAUGGCUCUCAGCGCUGCCUCGCCGUUCUAUCGGGGCUAUGUAUCAGACAUCGACUGCCGCUGGGGUGUGAUCUCUGCAUCUGUGGAUGACAGAACCCGAGAGGAGCGGGGCCUGGAGCCACUGAAAAACAACAAAUUCCGGAUCCAUAAAUCACGGUAUGAUUCGAUCGACAGUUACCUUUCCUGCUGUGGCGAAAAAUACAACGACAUUGAGUUGACCAUAGAUGAAGACAUCAACAAACAGCUCCUAGAUGCAGGCAUUGACAAACUGCUGGCUCAGCACAUUGCGCAUCUCUUCAUCCGCGACCCGCUGUCGCUUUUCCAGGAGAAGAUUCAUUUGGACGAUGAGAACGAAUCGGACCACUUUGAGAACAUUCAGUCAACCAACUGGCAGACAAUGAGGUUCAAGCCCCCCCCUCCCAACUCUGACAUCGGAUGGAGAGUCGAGUUCCGUCCAAUGGAGGUUCAACUGACAGAUUUUGAAAACUCUGCUUAUGUGGUGUUUAUCGUUCUCCUCACCCGUGUGAUCUUAUCCUAUAAACUGGAUUUCCUCAUUCCGUUGUCAAAGGUUGACGAAAAUAUGAAAGCAGCCCAGAAGCGAAAUGCGGUGCAGGAAGGCAUGUUUUAUUUUCGGAAGGACGUCUUUAAAGGCUGCAACCCGGUGUUAGAUCCACCCUCCUCUGCUCAGAAUGGAGUGGAGAGCGACGCUAAUGACGGUGAAGAGUACACACUGAUGAGUAUUGACACCAUUAUCAAUGGGAAGGAAGGGGUGUUUCACGGCUUGAUACCGAUGUUAAACAGCUACCUUGAGAACAUGGAGGUGGAUGUGGACACGCGCUGCACUAUUCUCAACUACCUGAAACUCAUUAAAAAGCGUGCUUCUGGUGAGCUGAUGACGAUGGCUAAGUGGAUGAGGGAGUUUGUUGCCAAACAUCCUCAGUACAAGCAGGACAGCGUCAUUACGGACAAAAUAAACUACGACCUGCUGCACAAGUGCGACAGAAUCGCAAGAGGGGAGGAGAAGUGUCCGGAACUCAUCGGAGAGCCCGUUAACAGAGGAAAAUAAAGCCCGCUCGACAACACAAGCGAAUCGCUCCUUUUGCAUGAGAAUGAGAAAACCACGGCGGUCUAGAAAUUGGAACGUUUCAAGAAAAUAUUUAGAAUGGCAUGCGUUUUGAUUGCUGAGGUCAGCCAAAGGUUUGUUGAAUUUGUAAAUAGCAGAUUUUUAUUAUUCGCAAAUUAUUUUAAUAGCUUAAACGGAUCCAUGAUGUAACCGUACUCUGAUGUGUACAUAUUUCACGUUGGUUUGUGAGAGAUUAUGUAAAUGUAGCAAACACUAAAUUGUACAUUAGUAAUAUUUUCAUUGUUGAAAUGUAAAUACUGUACUUCAUCAGGCAUUAACAAGUGUACUUUCCUUUUUUUUUUUUUUAUGGACGAAACUGUUGAGUUGCUUUGCGAAUUCUUAUUCUUAUUCCUUUGGAAUUUAAUGUUGUAACAAUUGCAAGGUUUUAAGGCACUGGUUUUGACGCGAGCCUGUAUCCAGCACUGACCGAACCAAUGCAGGGAUUGAAAUGAAGACUAGUGGUGUGCGGUGCGUUGUUUUUCCACUAACAAUUUAUAUUUCAUCAUUUUAGCGUUUAAAGGACAGCUAAAUUUAUACCAUCUGAAUUUUUUUUUUUUUGUAGCUGCUCCACCACUAGAGGGUGCAGAUGAUCUUUUCUUUGUAUAAAAAAAAAAAAUAAUGGAGAGAAAGUAGGUUAAGCUAUAAUUUGUUAGCUUUAACAUCUGUAUAUGGUUCAACUGAGGUGAUUCCUGUACAUAUUCUGCUUAUUGAGUGAAACACCUGCGUUGACAAACAAUGCCUUUCACAGUCCACUGUAAUAUCUUUAUCGUUCCUUGCAGCCUUCUGGAAACGGUCCUUUUAAAUGCCGUUUGUGUGGAAUGUUUGUACUUUUAAAUUCAGUUCAUUAAAUCAUUUAAUCGGC